AUGAAUGACCGAACAACACUGCCAAAUAGCAAACCAGAAGUCUUAUGUCGAGUUUGUGGUGACAAAGCUUCUGGCAAACAUUAUGGAGUUGCUAGUUGCGAUGGCUGUCGAGGAUUUUUUAAAAGAAGUAUUCGAAGAAAUUUAGAAUAUGUUUGUAAGGAAAAUGGACGUUGUGUUGUGGAUGUAACCAGACGUAAUCAAUGUCAAGCAUGUCGAUUUCGAAAAUGUUUGCAAGUAAAUAUGAAAAAAGAUGCCGUCCAACACGAAAGAGCUCCAAGAUCAUGUAUACCACAUGGCCAUCAUCAUGGACCACACACAAAUCCAUUAACAGGACAUUUACUGCCGUUACCAUUUCCUGGAAUGUCUUUUCCACGUCAAUUUCAUAAUUCAUUCUUUACAACUGGAGGUGCAGGUCUUCCUUUACCAACAAUACAAAAUCGUCAUCCAUUUUUAACGAAUCAAAUACCAACAAUACCACCAAAUGGAUUUGAAGCGACCAUACCACCAUCAGCUCCACCAGGGGCGCCUUCCACAAAUUCAUAUGGAAGUAAUUUAUUUUAUCCAACAAUGUUCUCACCAACUUCAAUUCCAUCAUAUUUUCGUGGAAAAUUUUUGAAUACGAUGGGAAUUGGGAACGAAAUUAUUGAUCCUGUAAUAUUACCACGAAGUGUAAAUAAUUUGAAUAAUUCUACAGCACAUCGGCAAGCAAGUAAUGAUGAUGAAGUUAGUAGUUCAGAGGAAGCAAAUACACAAAGUGUUACCCAAUCACCAGCUGUUGAAAACAGCAGAAUGGUUGAAAUUACUAAUAAUAAUAAAAUCGAACAAAAAAUGGUUACGGCAGAUAAUUUUAAUCCAUUUUCUACAACGAUAUCAUCAACAAUUUUCCCUAGUGAAAAUAUUUAUGAGUCUGCGGCAAAACUACUAUUUUUGUCUGUGAAAUGGGCUCGAACAAUUCCAUCAUUUUUGCAAUUAUCACAUAAAGAUCAAAAUAUACUUUUGGAAGAAUCGUGGGGCGAAUUAUUCAUUCUAACAGCUGCUCAAUGGACGUUACCAAUAGAUGAAAGUGUAUUAAUAAAUAAUUUAACGACAAACAUAACGAAAACAUUAAAUUUGGAAGAAGAUGCCAAACGUUUACGAGAUAUUGUGACACGAUUAACCCUCUUACAAAUUGAUCACACUGAAUACGCUUGUCUAAAAGCAUUGAUUUUAUUUAAAUCAGAUUGCCAACAUUUAGCGGAUUCUGGUCAUGUUGAAUUACUCCAAGAUCAAACUUAUGUAAUGUUACAAGAAUAUUGUAAUUCAACAUCAAAUCGAUUACAUCGCUUAAAUAGUGGCGAUAAACGUGGUGCUGUUCGUUUUGGAAAAUUAUUAUUGGCUUUACCUGCCGUACAAUCGUUAUCGAAACGAUCAUUGGAAGAAUUAUUGUUUAAAAAGACAAUUGGAGAUGUUGCAAUUGAACGAUUAUUAAUUGAUAUGAUUAAAUCAUCAUCUUAA